GUGAGUGUUUUGGAAACAUAGUUGAGACUUACUUGUGUGUGGUGGGAGGAGGCAGCGGUGCAGACCAGCUUCCACCCGAUGGUCUUCUUUUAAAUCUUCAACGCCGGGCGAGAAAUACAUAUCUAAACAUGGACCAGUAUAACGAGUAUUCCUAAGAAAUGUGCCAGUAUUAGUUAUUUGUCUACACAUAAGUAGCUAACGGUUUCACUAUGCCCGAUGGACAGUGUUUUUUGAUGCUUGGCAGUUCCUGAUGCAGGCCUAUUUUUUUCGAUCUGGAAAUUUCUUGACGGGAAAACCAAGAUUGGGCAGCUUGGCUAGCUAUCCCAGUAUUACCCUUUUCGCUGCAUCCCCGACUCAAAUUAUGCGGGUUACGUCGUUGCAUUGAUUUUGAAUGACCAUAUAAUCUACUUUUAGCAUGUCAAUUUAAGUAUUAUUUUUUAUUCAAACAGUAUAUUUUAUGGGAUUAGCGGCAAAUCAGAAACAAAUAUGGUGAAUUGGAGGCGGCUGCUGCGGGUAUCGAACCGCUCCUUUUUGGCCUUAAUUGUUUUCUUCUCCAUGUCAACGACGUGUCUCUACUUCAUAUAUGUUGCUCCUGGAAUAGCCAACACCUACUUCUUCAUGGUGCAGGCCCAGGGUAUCAUGUUGAGGGAUAAUGUGAGGACCAUUGGCCAGAUGAUCAGACUCUACACCAAUAAGAACAGUACCCUCAACGGCACAGAUUACCCAGAUGGCAGUAAUUCCAGUGAAUAUAUGGUUCAACCAACCACAUACCUUCCUGAGAACUUCACAUACGCCCAGAACCUCCCCUGCCCAGAACGCUUACCUUCUAUGAAGGGUCCUAUAGAUGUGAAUAUGACUGAGAUUCCUAUGGAGGAGAUUGAUCUGAAGUUCUCUAAGUAUCUGGAUGUUCAGUUUGGUGGCCACUGGAAACCCAAGGACUGCAAACCACGCUGGAAGGUAGCCAUCUUGAUCCCGUUCCGUAACCGCCACGAGCACCUUCCCAUCCUUUUCCAGCACCUCACCCCCAUACUGCAGAGACAGAGACUGCAGUUCGCAUACUACGUCAUCGAGCAGUCUGGGACGCAGCCCUUCAACAGAGCCAUGUUGUUUAAUGUGGGUUUCCUGGAGGCCAUGAAGGAUCUGGACUGGGACUGUCUGGUGUUCCACGAUGUUGACCACAUCCCAGAGAAUGACCGUAACUACUACGGCUGUGGUCAGAUGCCUCGCCACUUCGCAGCCAAACUGGACAAGUACAUGUACCUUCUACCCUACAGUGAGUUCUUCGGGGGCGUGAGUGGACUUACAGUGGAGCAGUUCCGCAAGAUCAACGGCUUUCCCAAUGCAUUCUGGGGCUGGGGAGGAGAGGACGAUGACCUCUGGAACAGAGUGCACUAUGCUGGUCUGAACGUCACGAGGCCGGAGGGAGAGAUGGGUAAAUACAAGUCCAUCCCACACCACCACCGAGGAGAAGUGCAGUUCCUCGGCAGGUACAAGUUACUGAGGUAUUCCAAAGAGAGGCAGCACCUGGAUGGACUGAACAACCUCAACUACACCCCUGAGAUCUCCCUGAGCUCCCUGUACAAGAACAUCACCGUGGACCUCCACCCUGACCUGGCCCCCAUUACAGACUACUGAACUCUGACCCCCACUGUCCCUGACCUCAUCACACCCCCUCACACUCCAACUGGGACCCCAAAAGCAGGACAGAGGGGGGGUGGGGGUGUGGUGGGAGGCACACCGUGUAACGCUGCCAAGAAACCUUACUCUGAAGAAAAUGUCCAACUAAAAUAUGAAAGCGGAAGGGACAUAGGGUCUGUUUAAUCGAACAAUUGUGUGUGUGUGUUCUGUGAAGAUUGUGGAUGUUGAGAUGGGGUGUGUGUGUGUGUGUGUCUCUGCAUGUCAAUGUGUCCAUGCUGGCUUUAGCUAUUAAGCUACUUAACAUCAACAUGUCAUGAUUCAGUAUGAGGAGGGAGAGGCAGUGUUGUUUUCACAUCAGAUGUUUACUGCAAAGCCUUAAAGUGUCAGGCUCAGCCUCAGAACCAUGGCUCUCUGGUUGCCUCCCAAACCACACCCUAUUCCCUAUAUAUUGCCCAGGGUCCUUAGUGCUCUGGUCAAAAGUAGUGCACUAUAUAGGGGAAAAUGGUGCCAUUUGGGACUUUGCCUUUAUCUCACAGCUCAGCACAGUUUUCACUUUUAACAUCUCAGUACCAUCACCUUACAAGCCAACAGACAUUUUGUGUCUUCACUUUAUAUCAUUUUUACACCGUUCGGUUAAAAAAACAAACAUAUUCCUUAAAGAGGACAGGCGCUAAGUGAAGGUGACUUAUUUGUGAUGUACAUUUUCUGAAAUGGUCAAAUGUUUAUUUUUUUCUUCAGUUUUUGCCUUUUUUAACAGACGUUUUAAAGCACUAUCCUGUUUCUCUGUGUCACAUGAGUGUUUUGCUGUUCCUUUGCUGCACUGCUGACACGCAUGAUGCACAGAGCACGUAUGUAAAUACUUGACUCUUAAAGCUCGAGCAUAGAACACGUAUGUAAAUAUUCAGCCUUUUAAAUGCUCAGAGCCUGUUGUUAUUCCAGUGGAUUUGAAUUUUGUUUUGGCAGCUACCUUCCUGAGGACUUACCUGGUUCUUCCAUUUAAAUUGGAAGAUGUUCUAACAAUAGAUGGCUUAAAAAAGAAAAUAUACCAAUCUCUUAGGCUGACAUUCUUUUGCAUGCCUUAAUUUAUUUUAUUACCAGAUGUUUUUUUCCUUUAAUUAUAAUUUAUAUCAUUUUGAGAUGUCUAUAUUUUGUUCCAGUUUAGCCUUUUCUGUCUUUUUUUCCCUCGAGGUGCACUGCGUGAAAAGACUUACUGACGUUAUGGAGGGUGCUCCUGUACAGAAAGACAGGUCAGAGGACUAUAGUCGCUCUGACCCAGGGUGUUAUGUCAGGCUUGCUGAGCCUUCAACAGCAAGUCACCUGCAACAACCUGGAGCAGAGCUUAAGACUGAAGAUUCUAAAGCUGGAUGUCAUUUUUCCUCUGGAAUUUGUAGUCUGUUUAUUAUGGAGGAGUUUAUACAGUGUGGACUGUGUUUGGUACAGGAUUAUGUUUCAAAUGUGUGUGUGUGUGUGGCUCAUGUUUUAGGUAACUGGACCAUGUGUUUGAUCAUAUGUUAGGUGUCUUUAAUGAGUGUGAGCUUGCAGAUUGGGCAGUGUGUCUGUCUGAACCAAUAAUUUAUAUAUACACUAGAUGACUGACGACAGGCGAGGUUUUGAAGCUACCAUCACUCCAUCUUGGCACUCCGUCUACAUCGCAAAAAAAAUAUUUUGAAACUGUAGGAAGGCAUUUAUUCAUUCUUAGCUCACAAUUUAAAAGUAUGCAUUAAGUGUGUAAUAGAGUAAACAUGCAAAUAAUUUGUUUUCCUUAAAGUAUACUUUAUUGAAAGUUCUAAUGCUACUGUCCCCAUUACUACCACAAAAAUACUUGUAAUUUUGUCCUGUGUAGAAUUUCAUUCAUUCCUAUGGAGGACUGCUUCUUCUGUGGAGUGCCAAUAUUACUGACCGGUGGCUUCAAAGCCUCUUACUGGCCAAUAGCAAUCCAGGGUUUGUAUACAUUAUUGGUCUGAACUGUGGUGUGUUCCUAAUAAGCUUGCAAGGCAUUGAGAGGGGCCAGAAUGAGAGAACGGAAGCUAAUGCUAACAGCUAACCCUGUUCUUGAAUGGUAGACUGCAACUUGGGCCAUAAAGACUUGAAAUUCUUAAAUAUUUAGCACUAAGAUUAGCAAGGAAAAAUGUAGGAGGUAUUUUAUUUUUUACUUAGUGUUUUUUUUCUUGUACAUAGUUGUUUCUCAUACACUUCAUAUUUAUGCAUAGGUGUACUUUUCUGUGUUUUCCUAGUGAUUUGUUCAUUUGUCAAGUGUACUUCUCAAUUAGAACUGCUCUAUCCAAACAACCCAGGUUUUCUCCAUCACAGUACUGCAAGAAUGCAGGAGAACGAGAGUGUGAAUCAAACUGGGAUAGUCCUGUCCUGCUCCAAACAUGGGGUUUGUUGAAAAUGGCACCCUGUGUCCUAAAGUGCACUACUUUUGACUGGACUCCUAUGCGUCCUGAUAAAAAUAAGUAAACUAUACAGGGAGUUGGGUGUCAUUUGGGACGCAGCCUUGCUCUCUCGGUCCUGUCACUCUUGUAGUGCUGGGGAGGAACAGUCAUUUCUGCUCAUAAGCUAAAGUGGUCAACAAAGCACCAGGCUAAAGUCUGUGUUUGGUUUGGCUCCGACGUGACUACAAUGGUCACAUAAGACCUCAAUGUUGUAGUUCUGACCAAUCAGAUGAGGCGAGACAGAAUCUAAAAAGACAUGGUAGUAAUGACAUUCUUUUGGAGGUGGUCAACCGUGCCAAAGUUCCACUUCUGUUACCCAUUAUCAUCAUUCUACCUACCUCUCUUCUGCACUUAUCUCUACUCGUUCCCCUUUUUAUUCUCUUCCCAUGAGAUCCUCUAUUGUGUCUCAGUAACUCGUCAGUGUUGAGAGAAACCUGACAGACUAGUGUUGAUCAUAGGGAUCAGGGUCAAGGUAUUAAAAGCGAUAUGACAUACUGUACACAAGGUAUUUCUCUGUAUAUGGCUCUGGGUAUAGGUCAGUGUUUGGGGCUUCUCUUGUGCUAUGCCUUAUGCUCCGUAACAGAUUUUUGCAAUGUUGGAUAAAUGCUCUCGUUGUUUUUAUACGUUGCAGAAGAUGUGAGCAGCCUAGCUGUCGUCCCUCUUGAGGGCAUUAUGAGUUACUGUAGCAGAGACACUGAGUCGGUGGCUUCUUUCUCUGGAUCCCGUCAUCUUACUUGCUACAAAGGAUCUGCUUCUUUUUUAUCUAAUCCUGUUAUAUUGUGUCUUUCACUUUGUUCAGGGAACAGUUUGAAGAGAUUAAUUAUGGAAAGCAUCCAUCACUGGAGUUGGUCUAGGAUCAGUGUUCUGGCUGUGUCCCAAAUGGCCACACCCUCUGUUGUACAUAUUUAUUGUUAUUGCCUCUGGGGGGAGGGAAGGGUAGGUUAGGGGGCUGCCGGGCAGUGUGCUGGCUACACCCGGUCACAAGUGGUUUGGUUGACACCCCCAGCUGACCUGUGAAGAGGGCAAGGACCUCCCUCACCCUUCCUACUGCCUCUGUAUUGUUUGUUUUUUCUUCUUUCAAAUGACUAUAUUCACCACUACACAGUUAGUAAUGUGGACUAUUACAUGUUUGCAGUAUUCAUAUUUGUGCCUUUUUCCCUUUUUUUCUCGGUUUUCACUUUGCAUUCUUGCUUGAAAGAUACAGUAAAGGUUUGGAUUGUUUUUGAACUGAAGUUAGAGUGCACUUUUUUCUAAUUCAUGUAUUUAUUUUUUCAGUCCGUUGCUCUGAUUAAGAUGCACGAUAUGUUUCCAUGACAAUGGGCUGAGUAGGUGUGUAUCAAUGAUUGUCCGUAAUCAAUUUUUCUGCUGUUCAGAGGUCUGGCUGCUUGGACCAUGUAGAAUCCUCUUGAAUCCUCAGCUCUCCAGUCUCCUCAAUAUGCUCUGCUCUGUUUGAACAAAGAGUCAUAACUGGAGCCAGAGGGCAGACUCUCGCGUUACUACCGUCCGCCAGGAAGUGCAGAAUGACGCAGAGGAAGUAGUGACUUUUUAAAAUUAGUGUCACCUGGUCUACAAAUCAUAAAUUCUCAUUUGAGGUCAGGCAUAUUCAUUUUGACUUUGGGUUUGUAAUUUUUAGAUUGUUCGGAGGACACAUUUGUGAAAAUAAAAGACCUUAAUUCGUUGUAGCGCCUUCUCAUGCGCCACACAUCUUCUCGCAGUUCUGUCUUGUUCUGCAAUUUUGUUGCCUAUAGUCAUGUGCUAUAAUUCCCCCCAGACAUCAGACAACUUUUUACAUGGUGAAGCCGACCGGUUAGCCAUCUUGUCAAUCUUCCACAAUCUUUGGUAUAACAGCCAGUAAAAGAGUACUAGAGUUGAACUGUUAGACUUUGUAAAGUUUUUCUUUUUGUCAACAAAAGAUGAAUAAACAACUUCAUUGCCAGGUUCUGGGAAACACCUCUGAAGUCUGACAGA